GGCAAUUACGACAACUUUGAGAAGUCGAUGAGGGAGCGGCACAAGAACGCGCGGGCGGCGGCAGAGGCUCAGGACAUGAAGCGCAAGCACAUGCAGGCAGGGCAGGGGGGGGCGGGGCUUGUGGCUGUGGCCUGGCUCAACAUACAUGGCUGUAUGGCCUUCAUCGACAAGUUCCGAUACAACGCCAACCGGGCAGCGCUGGUGCAGUCGCGCAUCAAGGCGCUGGAGAGGCUGGCGGAUGUGGAGGUGGUGGAGCAAGACCCCGCCUACAUCUUCCGCUUCCCCACGCCGCCAGACGUCGCGUCUCCCCCCAUCCUGGGCUUCACCGACGUCGACUUUGGCUACCCGGGUGGCCCCACGCUGUUCCGAGACCUCAACUUUGG